AUGAAUUAUUUCUCUCUCCCAUUUAUCGGCAUUCGGCUCCAGGUCGCCCUGGUAGCUCUUAUUGUCGCACCCUCUUUCAUUCUUUUUGGCUACAACCAAGCGGUCUUGGGCAGUCUUCUCAGCUUGAGAAGCUGGGUCGAGAUCUUUCCACAGAUUGACACCGUGGACACCACCGGGGCAGAAAAAGCCCACAACUCAACUUCUCAAGGAGCAUGCAAUGCAUCUUUUCAAAUGGGCUGCCUUAUUGGAGCCUUGUCGCUCUCUUAUUACGGAGAUAAGCUCGGGCGACGAAAGACCACCUUCAUUGGGGCUGCCAUUACCAUCAUUGGCCAGGUCAAGAUCAGUGGAACUGUCCCUGUUUGGCUCUCGGAGUGUGCUCCAAAUAAAAACCGAGGGCAGCUGGGUAUCUGUACCGGUAUCUUUAUUAGCACAGGCUAUGCUCUGUGUAACUGGAUUGACUUGGGUUUUAGCUAUCUGCCCUCUUCUUCUACUCAAUGGAGAGUACCACUGGCCAUCCCACUACUGUUCUCGGUGAUCCUACUGGUCUUUAUUUUCUCUUUCCCGGAAUCCCCUCGAUGGCUGGUAUCAAAGAGGCGAAUCACCGAAGCCACCAGCAGUCUGCGUCACUAUCGUGGGCCAGAAAGUUCAGAGACAGAAAUCUCGCGAGAAAUCUCCGGCAUUGAACUAGCCUUUGAGAGCACGGAGAGGUCUUCUCUAAAAGACAUUUUCAGUCGCAAUGACAAGACACGGCUGCUCUACCGAUUCUGGCUCUGCAUGGGAUUAAACUUUUUCCAGCAGGCCUGUGGAGGGAACCUUAUUUCAGUGUACAGUUCAACGAUCUUCGAAAACUAUCUGAACCUGUCACCACAUAUGGCUAAGAUCCUCGCCUCCUGUGUUUUAAUGUGGAAGACACUUUGCUGCCUGAUAUCUUUCUGGGCGAUCGAUCGGUGGGGUCGCCGCCUUUCCUUCAUGAUCAGCGGUACAGGAAUGUCUGUAUGCAUGGCAGUCUUGGCAAUCACAACUAGCUUCAACACCAUCACACACCCAAUGGCUAUCGCGUAUGUGGCGUUCAUGUUCGUGUUCAACUUCUUCUAUCCGAUCGGAUUCAUGGGCGGCAAUUUUCUGUACACGUCCGAGGUUGCACCUGCGCGGCUCCGAGCUGCUAUCUCUUCCCUUGCAACCGCUAACCACUGGCUGUGGAACUUGGUUGUUGUUCUUGUCACCCCGGUUGCGAUUGAUACGAUUGGAUACUGGUACUACGUGAUGUAUGCGCUCAUCUCUAUCACCAUUCCUGUUUGUAUCUAUAUCUUUUAUCCCGAGACUAUGGGUCGCAAUCUGGAAUUGGUGGACAAGAUCUUCGUGGAGGCGCCCUCUAUCUGGAAGAUUGUUCCAUACGCAAGAGCUCUCCCAGAACAGCAAUACUCUGAUGAUACCCCGUCCAAGUCCGAGAAGUUCGAUGCUGCUGAUGAUGUUGAGAUGCGUGAGUAUGUUUGA